AGUAACAGAACGUAUCUAGGGCGGGGAGUUAUUACAGUUCCGUGCGAUCUAAUUUCGUAUAAGCGUAAAUUAAUGCGUUAAAAAUAUUCGUGUACGUGAUGAACCCUUAAAGAUGUAUUUGUUAAUUGUGCUCCAUUGCAGUUCCGUGGUCGUGACACAAAGUGCUUAUUUUAAUUAGUGUGUAAGUGUGUGUGUGUAUGUGCAACAUCGUAACCAAAGUUUCAGGUAUCCUCAUGGUAUUAUAAAGAAAAUUGGAGGUAAUAAUGCGGUCCUCGGUUGUAAAAACGCCCAAAAAGACAGUAAAACCCGCCACAAAAAAGUCGGUAUCAUCUAAGAGGAAAAAGAUGGCAGAUCUGAAGUCUCCAAUUCGCGACACUAUAUCCGAAACCAUAUCGUUCGUUAUCAAAGGUAAACUGACUCCCAUCAAACCUAUAAUGAUCGAUAAUAAACUCGACUUAAUAACUAAGACCAACAAGAAACCUCAGUGCGGAAAGGUAGUCAAAAUGCGCACAUGCAGGAAACAAGGAACCAACGUAAUUCCCAAGAAACAAAAAGAUUCUAAAGCCAAAACAAAAGUUCAAAUCAAAGCUGCCAAGAAACCAAGUGCCCAGAUAUUAAAAAAAAGUGCCGAGACAGUUUUAACGGAUGUGAUACCAACAACACCAAAAGAGAAGAACAAAAAGGAUAAUAAGAGCGAGAAGAAAAAGUUGAUUCCUAAGAAACCACCGUCUAAAUUGAAAGCCACCAACGCCGCGAAAAAACCUAAAAAAAUAUCUGGGAAGAAGGCAAAACUGAAGGAGCAAAGCAGUAAUGCCGAAGUGUCUGACACUACUGACAAACAAGCGGAUGAGAUAAAGAAGCAGCGGACUAUAGAGAGUCUUCUAAAGCAAGCCAGUGAGGAAAUCACCAAAGGAUCCUCGAAGAAAAUUGCCGCGAAAAUACGGAAAGGUAAGAAAGGAAAAAGUCAACCUAAGGAAAUACCACCGAAAGUGGUUAAGAAAAGUCCUGAACCAGAACCUGUUAAACCAGUCGAUUAUACAUCUGACGAAAUUUCCCUUAAAGAACUCUCAGAGCGCCAACCAGAAAGCGCUGUAGCUUUGAGUGUCGACAAACCCGAAGUAAAGGCCAAACCUACUCCAAAAAGGAAAAUUAAAACUAAGCCAAAGAUGACUCUAAUAAAGAAACGCGUGAUGGCUUCAAAAAAUAAGAAUAGCAAGGAAGAAAAAUGCAAAACGAAAUUAUUUGGGUUCUGGAACGGUCCCAAGAGGCACCGCGUUGCCUCUCUCAACGCUUUAGCUAAAGUUCAUUGCCUCUACGAAAACGAGACGCGAGGCAACAUGCUGGACAUAAUCGACGAGCCCAGCAUUAAAAAAGAACAUAUUUCUAGAAAAGAAACCUGGAGAAAAGACCCGGCUAGAGUCGCCAUUAAAAAGGAACCAGUCGUGAAGGACGAGCUGGGGUCAGACUCUGAGGAUAACUCCGAAGUAGAGAUUCCCACCAGGACUCUGAGAAGUCUUCCUGGACUUCGCGCCGUCGGUAAACAUUGGGACAUGCACGAGACGUCCUCAAGCUCCGAUUAUAACAGUGGCAACGAGAGUAGCAGCGAAAGCAUUCCUGUUAAGAUAAAAAAAGAGAAAAUCGUUCAGCAAGGCCAGGACAGUGACAGAGGCGAAGCUGAAAUAAAGGAUAAGAAACGAAGGCGCAACCGUAAUGAAAUUAUGAUGGACCUUAAGGACAUGGUGGUCAGGAAGAGGAUGGCAAGCUUGAACGCCAGUGCUAUUCUUGCUGCGAGUUACUCGGUAGAGAAGCGGGCUUCCAAGUCUCAGAGAGGCGCUGACGAAGACAGUUGUUCGAGCGACAGCGGGUCUUCUGAGGAUUAUUUCGCGGCAUCCGACGAUGACACGAAAGAUGAAGAUGAUGUCAAGAAAGAAGAGGAUAGGAAGUUGAUCGAGGUACACACCACACCUAACAAAAAGGUCGCUGUGAUCCUCAACCAGGACACCGACGUCACCAUCACCGGUGUCUACGUGAACAGCACGACGCGUUCGACUCACCACGAGGGCUACUGCAGUAUCGCAGGUAUGCAGUAUAGGAUCUCUGCCACCAGCCAUACGCAGACUGCCGCCACCGCAGUGGCAACCGAGACGCUACUGCAGAGCUCGUCCAGUAGUGCCCCCGAUAACAGCAACAGCGACUCUAUGCCUUCCUCUAAGUCCUACACUCCGCUGGAUGCCCUCUCCAACAUGCAGCCGCCUCCUGGACCAGGCAUCCAACAUAAUCACACCGUGGUGCAUGGCCAGCAGCACAAUAUGGGACCUCCUCAGCACGUGCUUCCAAUACCGCCCCAUCAGUUGUCGCCAAGUCGUCGCCAUGGAUGCUCUAGUGCUUUUUCAUCGCCUCACUCGGCACCCAACUAUCAACUACCUCCAGGACACCCACCCAUGCAGGGAGAACCAGGAUAUGUACACGGCUACUACCAACCGGCUGGCCCUCUCAUUACCGUGCCCCACGGGCACGGGCAACCGCCUCCGCCGCCCCCGCUGACCAAGAGCGCCCCCCUCUCCGAAGCGUCGCCCACGUCGACGACGCCGUCGGCGUCGCAUGAUCCGCCGCCCCCGCCUAGUUCCAAUGGGGAUUCGUCGGAUAGUGAGGUGAUCAUAACCUCCGUAACCACCGCCAAGGACGCGGUACCGCCUCCGUCUCACCCCCCGGCCGCCUACCGGUACUCGCAGUAUCCGGGGGUACACCCUGGAUUCUCCUACAACUACCCUCCGCCCUACCAUUACCCCACCCCUCCGCCGCCUCCUAAUCCUUCGUACGCACACCACGAGCUGUGCUACCCACCCAGCCCCUAUGUACACAAGUACCCCUCGUACAGGAGGUAUCUGUCCAGCGCGCCGUACUACCAGGCCAACCCGCAGGAGAUCUAUCCCGUACCGCCAACAGGACCGUCCCAGCAGAGUCAGCAGGUGGUUACCGCCACCCCCGUGACGGCGAGCGGCGCAGCUUUCCCAGCGGCGGCAAACGGGCCCCCGCCGCCCCCGACGCUUCUGGAGACGUACCAAACGCCGCAGCCAGCGCUGGUGGAGACAUAUCAGCCGCCCCCGCACUACUACUCGCCCGCCUACGGGCCUGCACCACCGUGUUACACACAUUCACCCUCCAGGACCAUUCCCUACAUAAAUCCAUCAUAUCAGACAUGUCCCUGCCCAAUGCAGUCGUGUCCAAAAAACGUCCUUACUGGGCCUCUUACUGGUGAUAGUAAGAGGUCUAACAUUUCCUCCAUCUCUAAAGACUCCAUGCCUCUACCACCCGUAGCCCUAGCCCUUCCAUUGGAACCGGCGAGCGCCACGGGUCCUCCGAGUCCUGCCAGGGGUUCGGCUGGCAUGCCACCACCCCCUUCUCCAGCAGGAGCCACUUACCAACCUCCUCCUCCACCCACCAAACAGGAAUCUCAAUCCCCGGAAGCCCAAGACGACUGCAAAUUGGAGAAGAAGAGAAAAGCAAGGAUAGGUAAAGCCAUGGUAAGGAACCACAUUCAGCAGAACACCAUGCUACUCAUGUGCAACCCCACCAAUUAUGUUAGUGCAGUGAAAAGAGAAAUUGAAAGUCCAAAAGAAAAGGAUAUAGAACAGAAGAAAGAAGUAUGUUUAGUAGAAGAAAUAAAAGGUCCUGUGCAAGUAACAGAUUUGACAGACGUUUGUACAAAAGGUGAAGAAUUUGAUGAUCAACUUGAACAACAUAUAGAGCCCAAAGAAGAAAAAUGUGUAGAGGAAAAGGUGGAAAACUCUGUUCAGAAAACAAUAGAACCUCUUGCAGAUGAAGUACUGCAGCCAAUCAUAAACACAGUCGCAGAAAAUGUAAAAGUGAAAAAUAUGAAGAGAAAGCUCUCCUUGUCCAAGGAAAAAGUACCUGAACCAGAACUCUCUCCAUCGCCUAAAAAGAAACUUAAACUAGGCUCUUAUAAGUGUUUAAUAAAAAAAGAUACUAAUACCAUUAAAAUACAUAAUGGCAAAAGAAAACUCAUAACCGAAUCCUCACCCCGUCACAAGAACAAUCAUAUUGGCAGAACGAGAAUAAACAUGAAAAAACCAACCAGCAAAAGGAAAUUAAGUCUAGCUAAAGAGGAUACCAACAAAAGGCUGAAACUCUCCAAACCACUCACCGUUAACAAUCAUAACCUCAAGUUAAGUUCUAAGGGAAAAGAGAAGGUUUCCCUUGACAGUACCAAAACAAAAAACAAAAUGUCAACCGAGGUAAUCCCAGAGUUGAAAGAACCAGUCAAGAAGAUUACCAAAAAAGCACCAGCAGUCAAUUUGAAACCUAGUUCUAAGUCAGCGCCAGCGGUUUUAGACAGUCUCUUUGCAAAGAACAAUGUCGACCGAGUAAUAGAAAGUGUUAUCAGUGAAGCAUGUCCCAGGAUAUCAAAGGACGCAGGUGCACCGAAGGCAGUGGAAAAGUGCGGGAAGGCCAAGGAGCCACAGGUCGCCAUAAAAAAGAGUUCAAACAAAAACGGACAAAUUAAAGUGAAGGUGGAGUGUAAGAAAACGGGAGCAAACAGGCGCAAGUCUAAGUGUAAAGAGGUGGUGGUUCCCCAGGCUAUCACAAAGGUGCCGAGGAGAUCUCUGCACCAGCCCAGGUGGUCCAACGGGUGGACGUGGGAUGGCGAACCCUACGAAGCGAAAGUAUUUUUAAAUAGUGAUGAACCAGUAGUAUUAAGGAAGUGCUACCCUGCAAUGAGGCAUAAAGAAGGUGACAAGAUCAUACCCAGAGACUGCGUUCUUUUGAAGGCUGGUCCGAGAAAGAACGACCUACCAUUUGUUGCUAAAAUUGCAUCGCUGUGGGAAAAUCCUGACGAUGGCGAGAUGAUGAUGUCGUUAUUGUGGUACUACAGACCGGAACAUACCGAACAGGGAAGGUUACCUACAGAUCAGCAAGAAGAGGUUUUUGCUUCCAGGCAUAAAGAUUCCAACAGUGUGGCUUGUAUCGAUGACAAGUGUUACGUGUUGACUUUCAAUGAAUACUGUAGGUACUGUAAAAUGCGUAAGCGAAUUGAAGAAGGAAUUGAAGAGACCCUACCGUGCAUUCCUAACCCAGAACCAUAUCCACGAUGUCACAGGCAGCCUCCGUCACAUCUGAUAUCACCGGAAAUGGUAUUCUUCUGUCGUCGAGUAUACGACUUUAGGCAGAAAAGGAUCAUGAAGAAUCCUACUUAAUUCUGUAUUAUUAUGUUUUUUUUUUAUGUUGUUUGUUAAAUAUUAUUUCCUGUAAUAUAUAUAUAUUUGUUUACUUCAGUUGUUGCUUGAAGGUGUGGCGCGAAAUUUUUGUUAAUGUUUUUUGUAUAAAAUCAAAAAGAAAUAUAUGAGACUAGAGUUCUAAAAUAACAACUUUUUAUAUAUCACGGCUAGAGUUAAUGUUUUCGAUGAGACCGUGUUUUUUCACAGACAGAGCCAUCUAAAUUUGAUACAUAUACAUAUUGUUGCAAAAAAAAGUAAAGGGAACAUUUGUAUUAUAAAAGAAUUAGUUAUCGAUAAUGUUGUAUAGAGUAUAGAGAUUAUAUAUAAAUAUAUAUAUUUAACACAAAAAAGAAUAUUUAUAAUUAGUGAUAGUCUACGCUGGUGUAAAUGGUGUGUGCUUUUAUAGAUCGUAGUUGUGUUUCGUCAGUGUCGUCUCUUUCAGAUCUUUUAUAUCUAUAAUUCUAGAAAACGAUAAAUGCCGCCUUGUAGCCGUUACAUUUUGAUAUUUAGGUUACUAGGACGUUUUUAAAAAUAUUUAUUAAAUUUGAAAAAAAAUUAUAUUUAUGCUUAUUAGAAUACUGAACAUUCAUCAUGUGAAAUUUUUUGACUGUAAUUUAUAAAAAAUGUCAAAAAUGUUGAAAUAUUAGUUACAUACUGGGUGGCCCAUUAAGAACCAGAACACCGUAACGUUUUUUUGGCGCACCAUUUUUUAAAUAUAUCCAAAUGUAUUUGCUGAAACAAUUACAAUGAUCACGUUCGUAAUCCAUGGCCUGCUGCAGUUUUGUUUAAAUUUAAAAAUCUAGGAGGCUUUGAAAAUGUUAUAAUUCGUAAUUAAUAGACUGCUUAAAAUUUUUGUUCAUAAUUUUAGUUAUGACAAAACCCACAAGCAGACUAUUAUCUACCAAUUAUAAUCAGCAGUGUCGGUAGGUAGCAAACUUUCUAUCUACAUAAAUCUAAAAUUUUAAGUGCAUGAAAAAAAUGUUUGGCUUUAUAAAUUGAUAAAAUUGAAGAUAUGAAGUGAAAGCCAGAUUUUCAAUAAAGAAAUUCUUAAAAUGAUUUUCCAAAAAAUCGCGUCCGCAAAUAACGUAGCAGGUCAUGAUUUAUCGACUAGAAAGCUAUAAAAACAUUGCAGUAGGACCUCCUCGAUUAACCAUACGUGGAUUAUUUGGUACGAGUGUAUGUUUCUUUGUCCGAUUAUGAUGUGUUUUAUCAGUCAUCACAUUGAUAGUAUUCUAUUGUUAUAUUAAGAGGGCUUUAUAGCAAAUACGCAACCAGUAAUACAUUUUUAUAGAUUUUUAUUACAUAAUUUGUCUAAAUAUGAAUCAGUGCACAAAUAACAGACUGUCCUUCAUUCUAUCGCAGAUUUUCCAUAAAAUGGACUUUGUUUGAAACUCGAAUUACUUUUUGUUGUAAAGAAAUUUGUAAUUUGAAGCGGCGUCGUAAAUUACAAAUUUCUUCAUGCCAAAAAGUUAUUCGAGUUUCAAAUUAAGUCCAUUUUAUAAAAAAUCUGUGAUAGAAUGGAGGAAAGUCUGUUAUUUGUGCAUUGAUUCAUAUUUAGACAA